CAGAGAGGUGAACUCCUUUGCAUCAUUAUUGCUUAAUUAAACUCCAUUCUUGGCUUCUUCUUCUUUGCUUAGCUUGCUUAAAGAUGGCAAAAAUGGAGGCAUUUGCUGCAAUCUUUGUUCUCUUCUUUCUGACUAGUUUUGUGAUGAUGAAAGGUGAAGUUGCCUAUCAUAAGGUUGACCAUGUCACGUGCAGUAAUCGUGGAAGUAAAUGCUUUCUCAAGUACUUAACUUGCCCAUAUCAGUGCCCACAAACUCACCCCAAAGAUCCCACUGCUCAAGCCUGCUUUCUUGAUUGUUACUCCCCUAAAUGUGAAGCUGUCUGCAAAAGUAGAAAACCAAACUGCGACGGUCCCGGAGCAGCCUGUUACGACCCACGGUUCGUCGGCGGCGACGGCAUUGUUUUCUACUUUCACGGCAAGAAAAACGAGCACUUCACCUUAAUAUCAGACACCAAUCUUCAAAUCAACGCCCGUUUCAUCGGCCUUCGUCCCCUCAACAGAACUCGAGAUUUCACAUGGAUCCAAGGUUUAGGCAUAAUGUUCGGCUCCCACAACUUCACCAUCGCCGCCGCCGCCGCGGAGAACUGGGACGACCAAACCGACCACCUAGAAUUCCGCUACGACGGCGAGCCCGCCGUGAUCCCGCAAGGCCAAUCCUCCGAGUGGACUUCCCCCGACGGAAGCCUGAAACUGGAGAGGACGUUUCCGAGGAACAGCGCGACGGUCACCGUCUCCGACAUCGCCGAGGUAUCGGCUAACGUUGUUCCGGUGACGGAACAGGAAAACGCGAUUCACGGCUACGGGAUACCGGCUAACGACAGCUUUGCGCACUUGGAAGUGCAGUUCAGAUUCUUCAGUUUGUCGCCUAAGGUUGACGGGAUUCUCGGCCGGACUUACCGGCCGGAUUUCCAGAAUCCGGCGAAGCCUGGAGUCGAAAUGCCGGUCGUCGGCGGCGAAGAUAAGUUCAGGACUAGUUCGCUUCUCGCGGCGGACUGCAAUUCUUGUUUUUUCGCUCCCGGAAAUGUGACCGCCGACGUAGAGAGGGAAUACUACGGGACGGUUGACUGCGCCACCGGAGGGACCGACGGCGGAUAUGGAAUUAUGUGUAAGAAGUGAUCAUCGUAUAGUAUUUUCUUCCUUGUUAAAAUAAAGUGAAGAUUAUGUAACCAAAUGAUAAUUAGUUGGGUACUUAAUCUUUUGUUUAA